AUGGCAAUUGUAGAUUUCAUGCCGUUCUUGGCCAUGGUCAUCAUUCAAGUGGGCUAUGCAGGGAUGAACAUAACAUCAAAGCUGGCCAUGGAUAGCGGGAUGAACCCUUUUGUGCUUGUCACAUAUCGCCAGAUCUUUGCCACCCUCGCCACCGUCCCUUUUGCUCUGAUCUUGGAGAGGAAGACGAGACCCAAAAUCACAAUGCCAAUUCUGCUCCAGAUCUUUAUAUGUUCUCUCACUGGGGCCUUCAUGAAUCAAGUUUUCUUUUUCAUCGGGUUGAACAAUUCCUCGCCCACCAUCGCGUGCGCGCUGACCAAUAUCCUCCCGGCCAUGACGUUCUUGUUUGCACUGAUCUUCAGACAAGAAUCACUAGGAAUCAAGUCAAGGGCGGGGCAGGCAAAAGUGAUUGGGACACUUGUUUGCGUGGGCGGGGCGAUGCUCCUCUCAUUUUACCAUGGACGCAACAUCGGAGUUGGUAACUCGGCCAUCCAUUGGAAAUUUGCAGAGAAAAUGACAGACGAACACCCUACCAACAAAAGCAACUUCUUGGGACCUUUUUUUAUCUUUGCUAGUACUGCUGCCUGGGCACUAUGGUUCAUCAUCCAAGCGAAACUGAGUACGAAGUUCCCAGCUCCUUACACUACCACAACAUUGAUGUGUCUCAUGGCCAGCAUCGAGUGUGUGGUCGUUGGUGUAGCUGUCGAACAUCAUGUUGCUGCAUGGUCGAUAAAAUCUGGAAUCCGGCUUAUCUCAGUAGUUUAUGCGGGUUUCGUAUGUUCGGCUCUGGCAUUCUGCGUUAUGACCUGGUGCAUCGAAAGAAAGGGUCCUCUCUACACCUCGGUCUUCAGCCCUUUGAUGCUUGUCAUCACAGCUGUCCUAAGUUGGGCACUUCUUCGUGAGAAAUUGUUUGUCGGAACAUUGGUGGGGUCUAUAUUGAUCAUUGCGGGACUCUACUCUGUCCUAUGGGGAAAGGAUAAGGAGGCAAAACAAGCAAACAUCACCGAGGAGAUGGAAGCAGCAGUGAAGAAUAGAGAGAAAGAAGACUUAGAGUUGCAGUUUCAGGCACAUGGAAAUGGCGGCAAAGAUCAACAUGAUCCCAAUUAA